AUGCUUGGGAGAAGCUAUCGGGCACGAGGAGUCGGUGCUCUACUGGGCGCACAAGCCUCAGCCUCAUGUGCCAUUCCCGUGCGCACACUUAUCCCGCCAUCCUUGCUGUUUCCCUGCGUGCUUCCCCACCGCCCACCCAUCUGCACCGUGCAGAACCGCAUCCUGGUGUUUUGUCCGGCGAUCACGGACGGGUCCAUCGGCGACAUGCUCUACUUCCACUCCUACUCCUCGCCCGGCCUCGUUCUCGACCUCGUGCAAGAUGUGCGGCGGAUGGACGAUGAGGCGGUGCAGGCGGACCCGCGGCGCACGGGCGUGAUCAUCCUGGGGGGCGGGUUGCCAAAGCACCACAUCUGCAACGCCAACAUGAUGCGCAACGGUGCAGACUACGCCGUGUACAUCAACACCGCCAAUGAGUUCGACGGCAGCGACUCCGGCGCCCGGCCUGAUGAGGCAGUCAGCUGGGGGAAGAUCCGUGUGGAGGCCAAGGCUGUCAAGGUGUUCUGCAAUGCCACCAUUGCCUUCCCCUUGCUCGUAGCCGAGACGUUUGCUCGGCACCUGCAGCAGGAGAAAGCAAAGUACAAGGGGCCGACGAAAUAG